CUCAUUCCAGAAUAAUGGAAGCUUUCCCCGCACAUCGCAAGGGCGGCUGGGCCGGCUACUUAUAUAGCUGCCCCCGCGGAUCCCACCCCCCAUCAUUUCUUUUUCUCAUCUCUUGCCCGUGUUUUUUCCGCGCGAUAUCACCGUGAAGCCUGGGAAUAUCUGUAGAUAGCUGAAACCCUCGCACACCGACUACAAUAUGGUUUUCCUUCCUGCGAAAUCGGCAGGCACCCUGCCGCCAAUCCCGGACAAUAUUCCGCUGAGCGAAUUCAUGUUGACGGAUCUUCACGGGCGUAAUCCCCUGGGGUAUUCAAAAGAUCCUUUCACCUGCGGUAUCACCGGGAAAAGCUACUCGUCUUUGGAAGUGGUGGACCGCGUCGAUUAUCUCUCUCGCGCCUUGGCCAAGGAACUCAACUGGAGGCCUAACACGGGGACCGAAUGGGAUAAGACCCUUGCGAUUUUUAGCUUGAACACAAUCGAUACCCUACCUCUAUCAUGGGCCGUCCAUCAGCUGGGCGGACUUGUGACCCCAGCGAACGCAUCCUACUCGGCAGCUGAGCUGAGACAUCAGCUGCUCGAUUCCAAGGCCAAAGCACUAUUCACCUGUCUCCCCCUACUGAAGACCGCCCUCGAGGCCGCGUCCCUGGUUGGGUUGCCAAAGGAGCGUAUAUACUUGUUAGAAGUCCCACCACAACUCACACCCGGAAUUAAGGCCCCGGCACAAUACAAGACCGUCUCACAAUUCAUCGAAGAGGGUAAGGCGCUUCCGAAAUUGGAGAAGUUGAACUGGGGCGCCGGAGAGGGUGGCCGUCGCACUGCAUUCCUAUGCUAUUCCAGUGGAACAUCGGGCUUACCGAAAGGUGUCAUGAUCUCUCAUCGCAAUGUAAUCGCAAAUGUGCUCCAGAUUGGGGAAUUCGAGGCUUCUUGGCGCGAGUCCCUCAAGGUUCCGGGAAGCCAGUCCAACCACACUGAGGUAUCGCUGUGUCUGCUUCCCCAAAGCCAUAUCUAUUGCCUAGUAGUCAUCUGCCAUGCGAGUCCAUACAGAGGCGAUCAAGCUGUUGUGUUGCCCAAGUUUGACUUGAACUCGUAUUUGGCGUCGAUCCAAAAUUUCAAGAUCUCGGGUUUGUUUCUGGUUCCUCCAAUUAUUAUUAACAUGCUUCGGAACCAUGAAACAUGCUCCAAAUACGACCUUAGCUCGAUCAGCACACUCUUUACCGGCGCCGCGCCCCUAGGUAUGGAAACAGCGGCGGAGUUUCAGAAGCUGUAUCCAAACGUCAUUCUUCGACAAGGAUACGGCCUGACUGAGACUUCCACUGUGGUGUGCUCGACUCAUCCCACUGACAUAUUCCUCGGGUCGUCAGGCUGUCUCCUUGCUGGUGUUGAAAUGCGUAUUGUCACUCCCGAGGGAAAGGAGAUCACAAGCUAUGACACGCCGGGUGAACUGGUAGUCCGCAGCCCAAGUGUCGUUCUCGGAUACCUAAACAACGAAAAGGCGAACAAGGAGACGUUCGAAAACGGGUGGAUGAGAACCGGUGAUGAAGCCGUGGUCCGCCUGAGCCCAAAGAACACGGAACAUGUCUUCAUUGUUGACCGUAUCAAGGAGCUCAUCAAAGUCAAAGGAUUGCAGGUAGCUCCAGCUGAACUGGAGGCACACCUUCUCACACACCCAGCUGUGGCUGAUUGUGCCGUCAUCGCCAUUCCGGAUGAAGCAGCCGGAGAAAUCCCCAAAGCCAUCGUCGUCAAGUCUCCUUCUGCUAGCGGCAAUGACGAGGAGAUUAUUGAGUCGAUCAAGAAGCACGUCUCAGACCACAAAGCCCGGCAUAAGUGGCUCAAGGGUGGGGUUCGGUUCAUUGACGUUGUUCCCAAGAGCCCCAGCGGCAAGAUCCUGCGCCGGCUGCUUCGAGACCAAGAGAAGGAAGCAAGGAGACAGGCCGGCUCGAAGCUGUAGACGGUCAGUCUGGUGGAUUAAGUCAUGCACAAGGCAUUUGUUCCAUCACGAUUUAUGAUUCAGAUAUACGCAUGGCGAAUUCAUAGAUACGAUAACAAUAUGAGUGUACUAUAGAGAGUUCAUGAAUGGCUACUCGAUCGGCGGGAUGCAAGCGGCAUGACUGUUUGCUGUGUUUGCACCCGCCGCGGGGAAGAAUCGAAUUUCUAAGCGGGGGUUGAUCGGGAAGA